GAGCAAAAGCUUGCUUUGAAACCAUGGACAAGUAGCGUUACUUCUCUGCUUCUGCCUCGGGUUCCUCAUCUGUGAAAUGCGCACCAGGAACCUUCCUAACACUUCGUGGAGGGGACUGCUGGCGACCAUACAGGGCAAAGCCCCAGGCGGUGGGAAACGAUGACAGCAUGGGUGGGCGGCGCCGCCGCAGCCUCCCCGCCCCUUGCAGUGCCGGUGCCCAGAGAACAGCAAGCCCGGUUCGGAGCCGGGUCCUCAGGGCUCAGUGCGCGGACAGCAGCCCAAGGCUCCGGUGCCACCUCGGCCUCCCUACCUCGCUCCCGGAGCGGCGGCCGCCCUCUUCUCACUUACCGGCCCCCGUUCGGACCCCACCAGUCAGCACCGCUAGUUCAGCUACCGGUACUUCCAGGGCGUCCGUGGAAAAACCCAUCCGGCCGGAACAACUUCCUGUCCUGACAUGUCACCAUUGGCUGCCCAUCCAGGGGCGGGGCAUGGCCCGUCUCUGAUUGGCUGAGGCCCCCAACGUCGUGGUGGAACGCGACUGGGCGGCCCGAGUGCAGGCCGGACCGUUGUAGGGGUGGACCAAGCGCUUCCGUGUGUAUGUGUGUUCUAGGAAGUCCUACCUUUGUGUGUCUGCAUGGCUUCACUGGUGGCAUAUGAUGAUUCUGACUCAGAGACCGAGACUGAGCCUGCCAGAAGUGUGAACUCUGAAAGUCAGAUAGAUGAUGCCUCUGGUGUGACCAGACCUUCUGGGAUGGCUUUUGCAUCUGGUACAGUGCAUGUGACAGAAGAGGGGGCACAACACACAAAGAGCAGUCCUCAUGAAGACCCAAAGGACCAACAUUUGCCACUGCCUCAGAUCUGGAGCAGUCUGCCGGGAUCUUGUCCCAGCCAGAGGCUCCAGUGGCCCCCAAAGGAACCUGAUACCACGUUCCUCACCAGUGAGUCUCCUCGCCCUUCUUCGUGGAUGAGCCGAGCUCCAGCCGGCCAUGUGCCCCUGGCAGCUGCCUGCUUAAAGCCAGCAAAACCUGCUUGGGAUGCCCUUGUGUCAUCUGCUCAUUCUCAAAGCAAAGUUGAAUGCACCGCUAGAAUUACCAGCUCUUCUCAGAGGAAAAGGGGUGAGGACUGUGUGGUUCCCUAUACCCCCAAGAGACUGAGGCAGCUGCAGGCACUGAAUCCCGAAGCUGGUGGGGGCAAAGAUAUAGAGCCUCCGGGACCUCCUGCAGGGUGUGCCCCAGCCCCCCUCAUUGUGGCUCCCACGGUGUCUGAGUUCAUCCAGCCAUAUUUGAAGAGUCAGUACAGAGAGACUAAGGUCCCCAAGAAAGUGCUUUUCCACCUGCGAGGCCACAGGGGCCCUGUCAACACUAUUCAGUGGUGUCCAGUCCUUUGUAAGAGCCACAUGCUUCUCUCUACUUCCAUGGAUAAAACCUUCAAGGUGUGGAAUGCCGUGGACUCGGGGCACUGCCUGCAGACCUACUCUGUGCACAGUGAGGCGGUACGGGCUGCACGAUGGUCUCCCUGUGGCCGGCGCAUCCUCAGUGGUGGCUUCGACUUUGCCCUGCACCUAACAGACCUCGAAACAGGAACCCAAGUAUUUAGUGGUCGGAGUGACUUCAGAAUCACCACGUUGAAAUUUCAUCCAAAAGAUCACAACGUCUUUUUAUGUGGCGGCUUCAGCUCUGAAAUCAAAGCUUGGGACAUGAGGACUGGCAAGGUGGUGAGAGGCUACAAGGCAACCAUCCAGCAGACCCUGGACAUCCUCUUCCUCCAAGAAGGAUCUGAGUUCCUGAGCAGCACCGAUGCAUCCACUCGGGACUCUGCUGACCGAACCAUUAUUGCCUGGGAUUUCCGGACCGCUGCCAAAAUCUCCAACCAAAUUUUCCAUGAGAGGUACACCUGUCCCAGCCUUGCCUUGCAUCCGAGGGAGCCUGUGUUCCUGGCACAAACCAAUGGCAACUACCUGGCUCUCUUCUCCUCUGUGUGGCCCUAUCGGAUGAGCAGACGGCGACGCUAUGAAGGGCACAAGGUGGAAGGCUAUGCUGUGGGCUGUGAGUGCUCCCCAUGUGGUGACCUGCUGGUGACAGGCAGCGCUGAUGGCCGGGUUCUGAUGUUCAGCUUCCGCACUGCCAGCCGGGCCUGCACACUACAAGGGCAUGCUCAGGCCUGCCUUGGCACCACCUACCACCCCGUGCUGCCUUCGGUCCUUGGCACCUGCUCCUGGGGAGGAGACAUCAAGAUCUGGCACUAACUGGCAACUGCGACCCUGCCCCUGGGUGGCUGACACUGAAGUUGACUGGAGGUUAGGCCAGUGUGGGGGGCUGCCCAGCUGCCUGGUGAGCCUCAGUGACUCGUCUGUAAAAUGGGGCUGAGAAGCUGUCUCAGGGUGUAAGGACUGCAUUAGUAAUGGCUUUAGCCAAGUGCC